UCCCCAACUUCGACCUCGAUCUCAGCCUCAACCUCAAUCACUAUUUUCACGCUCGCAAACCGUCUUCUGCAUCGCUCUCCGGGCAUCUACACUAAACUACACUAAAGCCUCCCGCCUCUUCCCAAAGACCAAGCAUGUUCUUCCCCAAGAUCCUCAGCAUCAUCCUCCUCGCGCCAGUCCUGGGCGCCAUGGCCGCCCCCACGCAGACUCUCGAGGAGCGGGGAGGCCGCAGCGGCUACAACAGCGUUCCAAGCAACACUCCAACGGCCCCCCAGUUCGGGGCGCUUGACAACGGCGGCCGGAGCGGAUACAACAAGAGGCACGGCGAUGUGGUCCUGGUGGACAGGCAAAUCGUUUGAGGGCCCCGGCGAGCAGUAGAUGGAUUUCAGAGACAAUAAGGGAAGCCUAAAGCCACCAGCAGAUGUGGGGCUGUGACGACACAGGGAGGUUGUAUGGCAGCUGAGGUUGAGGUUGGGGGAAGGAGAGAGGCAGAUCGAAGCUAGACCCUAGAACCAAGUUUGUCCGUGCAACAGCCUACCCUCCCCAGGCAAGCCCUACAUCAGGUGACUGACUGGUGAAUGAGAUAUGUGGAAGGAGCUUCUUGUUCCGAGUGUGAUCUGGCCCCGACAAAGGUGUAUCGCUUGCAUGCCAGGUUGGUAGUCAGGUACCUAGAAACACGCAGCUGGAGUGAAUGAAAUGCAAGUCAGAUUCGACCAG